CAACAAUCUGCCAUCUCUCCACAAGCCCCCAGAAAUAGCAGCAAGGGCACUAUUCCCGAUUGACGGUCAUCGAACCACUGGAUUGCCGGCCUAUGACGCUCAGCCCCUCAGGCCACUCCCGAGUCUGCAGCACAAGCUGCUCUCUGCUGCGGUUCAGCUCCUCAGGCCAAAAAAGCUCCAAUUGCGACAAGUAACCAUUAUAACCUCACUUCCCUCCCCCACGCUCAAUUUCCCACCCUCCAACCUACACACCUCGAAUUCCUUUCCGCCACAGAAAGCUCAACAACCCUCAAAAGAUGCUCCGCACAACCCUCACCAAGACGGCUGCCUUCCGUCCCAUGCGCGCCGCUUUCACCACCACUGCCCGCGCCAUGAGUGAAGGAGACACUGGUGCUCCCCCCAAGAUGGGCGGCCCUGGCGACGCUUUCCAGCGCCGCGAAAGAGCCUCAGAGGAGUACGCCAUCCGCCAGCGCGAGAAGGAAAAGCUCCUCGAGCUCAGGAAGAAGCUCACCGAGCAGCAAGAGCACCUCGACCGCCUUGCCAAGCACAUCGAUGAGAUCACCAAGGAACAGGGUGGCGAGCAGAACUAAAAAGAGGGAAAGACAACAAAUGAGAUGAACUAAGAAGACAAAACCGAUUCAUGUUGGCCUAUGCGGGCCAUUGACUGAGCAGUUCAGACUGGAAGUUUGGGAACAAGCAACUCCUCCGGAGAUCGAAUUGCGCUAUACAUUGUUUUCAUAUGCUGCGUAUUUUCUCUGUUGCCGCCUACCUAGGUACUGUACAGCUACAUGAACUCUUCUCCAUCUUACCAAAGUAAAACAAAAACAAAUAAUAUAAAGAAAGGAAAAAAAAGGAGCUGCCCCGGUGCUGUGU